AUGGACGCGAGCGGCUCAUCUCUCAGGUCUUACACCCGCGAGGCAGUCAUCACUAAAGUGAUGUCUGCAAUGAGUGGUCUUCACGCCAGUCUGGCGAUUGAGGAGGUGGCAAAGAUAGUGGACCAAGCCGGCGAUGGUACACCGACCCAGCACUACGACGCGAGUCUGUACCACAGCAUCUUCCAGGAGGCCGUGCAAAAAUGGGUGGCAGAUGAUCAGAUCAAGGUCUCCACUAUGCUGUCCUUGCUCCUGCUGAACCAGCAGCAGAUGCGUGAGGAGCUGGAGCAAGUACGAAACCAAAAGGGCCAAGUGCUGCCCGAUUCGCCCAAAAGUGCACGAGGGCCCGAGGGAGCAAGCGGCCGCGAGCUGCUGCAGAAGGUAGAGGAGACGGCGCUGCACGAAAAGCUGCUGCAGGGCGCAAAACCACAGUCGUAUGGUGAAGCCCUGGAACAAGUGGGCGGAAUCAAGAAGUUGGAAAGUUAUCGCGAGCUGGGUACGUCCUUGAUGGAGAAAUACGGGGUCUCUCGAGAGAUGGCGGAAGUGCUUCCCACCAACCGGCACUCUCGCAGCACGAAGCUGAACUACCAGAAGUAUGUCAACGACCUGGACGAGUUGCUCACACGCUGCGAGGAGCAAAAGGAAGCCUUCUUCCAAAAAGUGCGUGAGAUCGCUUCGCAGACGAAGGGAAAGAACUGUGAGCCACCUAUAAAGUCAAAGAGCAGGUGCGAAGCAAAGGCGCAAGAGAAGUAUCGUGACGCAAGUGGCGAAGUCGCCUGGUACCGCUUGACGGACAUUGUCCGGGACACCAUCAUCUACGAAAGCGUGGAAGACAUGUAUGAGGGGCUGAAGUUCAUGGACUCUGCUUGCGAGGAGGGUACCUUGGACAUCGUGGAGUUCAAUGACAGAUACUUAUUUCCCAUGCCCGGCGGCUGCCGCGACCUGCAGCUCUGCAUCCGGAUCGGGGGCGUGACCUGCGAACUCCAGCUUAACGUCCCUGGCAUGAUCUAUGUCAAGGAGAGUGGUCGGAACCGGAUCGAGCGAGAUCUCACGGCAGCGGUCGCGCACACAGGCAUCGAGGCUGUGAAGCGGGCACUGAACACUCUGAACUCAAUCAAGGAUGAUUUGGGGCAAGAUGGCGAUGAGCUGAAGGCCAUCCUGAACAGCAAGGAGAAGCCCUUAUUGCUCAAGGCAGCCGAGGCUGGCAACGCAGAGCUCAUGAGCGUCUUCUUGCAAUAUGGCGCAGAUAUCGACAUCAAGGACGAAGCCUCCGGCCAGACGGCCUUGCACAAGGUUAUGGAAGGUGGAUACGAACGAGCAAUGUGGCUGCUGCUGGAAAACGGGGCAGACUGGAAUGUGACGGAUAAGGACGGCAUUGCCCCCCUUAUGGAAGGCCUUCUGCGGCUUCGCAGCGAACCGGACAAUGAGUACCUGGGCCGGGCGGUGUGCAUCCUCUCGCAGGUGACGAAGAUAGACUAUGUGAGAGCAAUCCGAAGCCAGCUGAAGCAAGCAGUGAAGAAAAGGUUGAAGCAAAGCACAGAGCUGCCAGCGCACUGCCAAGAUGGCGAUGUGCGCAAAGUGCGAGAGUUGCUGAACAGCUAUGCAGACGCCGACUCCCGGGGUGCAGACAAUGAACGCGGACUCCACAAAGCUUUGUCGCCCGUUGGUGGCGUCCGGAAUUUCACCCCAGGGCACUUGCAGAUUUGCGAGCUGCUUCUGCAGUUUAGUGCGGACUGCAAGAAAGAAGACAAUUCCGGGGCCACACCUCUUGCGCUCGCUGCCCGGCUCGGAUCAACUGAAGUCAUGCGCUUACUUCUUCAACACGGAGCCACUGUAGAGUCUGUACGGGCGGAGGAUCUGGAAGCGCUGGUGUCCGAAGUGGGUGACGAGGAUGCGGAAGCUGCUCUGGAAUGGCUUCGAGACGCAGGUUGCGAUUUCACAGCCUCAACCAGAAGCGAAGGCGAGCUUCCCACUUUCGUUGCGGCCCGCCGUGGCAAUACCAGGCUUUUGCAGGUUCUCGAAGAUGCCGGUUGCGACAUGGGCUGGCGCAAUCGCAGCGGGGACUCGGCCAUCGUGGCCGCCGCCAGGGCAGGCCAAGUAGGUGCUGCCAGGUGGUUACUCGAGGCAGGAUCCAUAGAUGCUGUGGAUUUACAGCGUGCCCGACAUGCAGCCAGCAAGCUCGACAAACCCGACGAACUGCUCGAGUUGAUCGAGGCGAAGUGGAGGGAGGAACGCCGUGGGCCGCUCAAUCUGCAUAACCUGUCACUGCUGGAUCGGACAGGGGUGCCGAAGGGGUCCGAUUUUGAGAAGAUCAUGCUCACUGCGGCAGCCAAGCAAAACUGCAAGAACAGCGGCGCCUUCUACUUCGAAGUGCAGCUUCUCAGCAACAUCGAGAGGAUCAAUGUUGGCUGGGCCACCACAGCAUACCAACGAAGCCGAGACCUGGGCUUUGACGCAGAGAGCUGGUGUUGGCAGAGCCAAGAUGGCAGAACCAUGUUUCAACUGCAUGCUGCGGAGGGCCCCGAGGUGGCGCUGCCGUCGUGGGAGCCAGGAGAUGUUCUGGGUUUGGCCUUGGAUUUUGCAUCCGGCAAAAUGCGCCUUUCGCAUCAGGGCAAGUGGCAGCCAGAGUCUGAGGCCGGCUAUUCAAUGGACUUCCAGCCGAAUGGCCGGGAUUUGUACCCAGCUGUCACUGCAAAGUGGGGCCUGUUCCGACUACGCCUUGGCAAGGAGACCUGGAUCUUCGGACCGCCGAAAGACGGCCCCAAAGAGGGCUACGAGCCCUGGGCCUCCGGAGUCGGAGAAUGGGCCGGCGAGGCUACGUUUGGGGACCGCAGCUGGGGCUUUGAGAUGCAGCUGAGUGGGCGGAGGCCGCGGCUUCUAGGGCUCGAGGCCAUCGGCGAGCAAGUCCAAGUCCCACUAUCCAUCAGCGACUUCUUCGUAGCCGGCCUCCCGGAGCUCUCCCGAGCUUCCGGGAAGUUCUACUAUGAGCUGCGCCUGCUGAGCCGCCCAGAGAGUCCUCGGGUUGGCUGGGCCACGGAAUCUUUUGAUGGUGGUGCCAUCGGAGACGAUCCACAGAGCUUUGCCUUCGAGGGGUGGCGGAUGAUGAAGUGGAAUGCCGGCGAGAGGUCGCAGGCAAGCUUGGAGCCAUGGAGCCAAGGAGAUCUCCUAGGUCUUGCUGUGGACCUGGACGUGGGCGAGAUGCGCUUGUGCAGCUACCGCCAAGUGGACAUAUCUACGGACAUAGCGGUGGGCAGCUUAAUCCGGAUCAAGAAAGUCGGCGUCAGGGUGGCAAAACGUGUUGCAGAAGAUAGCGGCUGUGGCUGGGCCAGUGGCAUGGAAGAGUGCUUGGGCCAAGAAGGAAAAUACCUGACGAAAGACAGCGAUGGCUUUCAGCUGGAGAUGUCAGAUGGUCAACAGUGGUGGUUUCCGCCGGCGUUGCUUCACCUGAACCUGUCUCCUGCCGAUCCUACUGGUACAGAGGAUGUUGACUCUGGGAAGAUCGUGUUCGAUCCGAAGGGCCGCAAACUGCACCCAGCGGUCUCCACGCUUGGCCCAUUUCGGCUGUAUCUGGGGCGCACGAAUUGGCUACACAUGCCGCCAGGAGAUGACUAUGAAGAAUGGGCGGCGGGAGUUGUCGAGUGGGCACCGCAGGACUGGCGAUCUGGUCGUGAGCUUCAGGGGAGGCCUUCCUUGCUUGGACUGCGCGGCAUUCGCCCGGUGGAGAUUGAAGAGGAUGCUUCAAUCGGGCUUUGGUUGACUGCUGGGGCCAAGGAUGCUGCUCGCAGCAGCGGGAAGUUUUAUCAUGAAGUUCAGCUGUUCACCGACACCGGUUGUCCUCAAUUCGGUUGGCUGUCAACUGGCUUUGAAGAAGGGCCGCACGACGGGAAUGGUGUUGGGGACGACGAGCAUGGCUACGCCUUCGAUGGAGACCGCCUGCUGAACUGGAAGGCAGGUCGGAAACAAAAGGUGCAAGUUGAGCCGUGGAAGGUGGGUGACAUCCUAGGCUUUGCCAUCGACCUGGACGCUGGCGUCAUGCGUCUGUCGCAUCAAGGAAAAUGGCACAGCGGAGAGGGCUAUGUCAUGAAGUCUGAUGAGAUGGGGGGCCGUGAGUGGUAUCCAGCCGUGUCCGGGCGCGUCUUUUACCAGAUGCACAUCGACAAGAAAACUUGGCGUUUUUCGCCGCCACAACCAUCUGAAGACUACCAGGCUUGGGCCAGUGGCAUCUUCGAGUGGUCACCGCAGAGGGUUGGAGGCGCCGGCGGGGAUGCCGGGAUGUGGGAGCCGACAUGGCCUGGUCAGGUGACGUUGAUGUGCUGUCGCCAUGGGCUCCACAUAUCGUUGCGACACGUGCUGCUGGCGGCAGUCUGCUGCAGUGGUGCUGCGGUGCCAGCGAGUCCGAGGUCUGGGUGGCGAGUCCCAGUCCUUUUUCAGUGCCAGGACCUUCCCAGCAGACCCGUCCAGCGGGUGCAGCGCCGAGCGCAACACGGCUUCCAAGAGGCUCUGGCUCUGUCCGAGGCUGGCCGCUGGCAGGCUGCGGCCGCGGCCUGGCGAGGAGUUUUGGAGGAUCCAUCUUCGCUUCCGGAAGGCCUCCGGCCACAUGCGCACUGUGCCCUCGGAGAUGCUUUGCAGAAGCUUGGCCGGGACCGCCAAGCAGCCGAGGAGUUCUCAGCAGCCACAAGCUUGGCACCAAACUUUGCCGCGGCAGCACUACGCCGUGGCACAGUCCUACGGCGGCUUGGGGAUUUCCGAGGUGCCGAAGCCGCCUACAGGAGCGUGCUUCGCCGCUCGAAUGGAGCACGGCAAGCGACUGCGAAAGAGCUCUCGCAGGCCUGUUCAGGAGCUGCAACCUCGAUGUUGCGGCAGGGCUUGCCAUCGAAAUCUGCUCUUGCUGGCUCUUGCCCUGUGCCUCGGUGGCACAUCGGGGAUUUGCAGCAUGAGGCGUUGAACAGGCAGAGUUUCAAAGAGCUUCGAGACAAGAGGCCGGAGGGUGGUGGAGCUGCUGAGCGGCCCGGUGCUUCCGCGGACGCCGAGGCGGCCCGUCGGCCCCUGGCCGAGACUUUGCGGUGGCGUGCGGAGGGCGGGGCGGAUGCUCAGGUGAGCGAUGACAGCGACGAGGCAUGGCUUGCCCGAGCGGCCUUCAACCGCCUCGCCGAUGCACCGCAGUGGGCACUCGUGGAGGAUAAAUGCAGCCUUGAUCGCCUACUCAAGGACAACCUUGACAGCCGUGUGCUGAACUUGAUUUGGCCCAGGACCCUCCUCCUCCCAGGGGACUCCGGAGCUGUCUCAACUGGAGCGUGGUGGCUCAAAGCAGCUCGGGGACAUGGUGGGCAUAGCACCGAGCUUCUCACAGAGAAUGUCGCUGCAAGGGCAGCCGCCUGUGACCAGCCCAGCAUUCUGCAAGAGGACAAGAGUGAUUGCAUCCUCUUGGAUGGCCGAAGGUUCACUCUGCGGCUGUACAUGGUGGCCAUCGAGCAGCUAGGAGGGCAGCGCAGGUACUAUCUGGCCUCGGAGGGCCUGGUGUACCGCGCUGUGGGCGGAUCAAAGGUCACCAACUGCUCCCAGGCCGCCUUAACAACGCUUGGUGAGGCCUCCGCUGCGGGCGCUGAGGCAGCGCCGCCCCUUGCUUGGCUUCAGGAGCGCCUUGCCUCGCUGCCCGAGGUAGAAGGCGGUGGACCGCAUGCUUUUGUGCGGCUUCUUCGUCGUCUGCGCCGCCUGGCAGCGCACCUUCAGCCGUGCCUCGAUGCUGCGGCCUCUCAGAGAACUGGCGAGGUACCCUCGGCGAAUGCUUGGGCUGCGCUGCGGGUUCCUAAGAUCCUUGGCCUGGACGUCAUUCUGACCAAGACAGCGCCGGAAGGAGGCAACGGCCCUUGGCCUUGGCUUUUGGAGGUGAAUCGUUUCCCGGCGCUCGGCCUACGUGCUCCCAGUGAUGCAUCGACGAAGCUUACGGUCAUCCGCGACUCCUGGCAUCUUGCGGGCAUGCCAUCACUGCCUCCAGCCUACGGUAGCAGCUACCCAGAAGCAUCCACCAUAAACAGCCGAGAGCAGGGUGACGAGGAAAAGGAGAAAGCUGCCGAACGAGGCGCUGUGCGCGGCCGGCAUUCCACGGAAUGGCUCCACACAGGAGACUUGGUGCUUCUCAAAGUCUACCUGCGAGACAGCGAGGGAUACGUCGAGGCGGCCACGAACACGCAGGACACGGGCUACAUCCGCGGCUCGGGCAUGCACGCGACGCUAGAGGUCGAGGGCGUGGACGACUUCCACACCGGAACUGUAGACGUGCGCGACUUUAUUUUCGUGGUCGUGGAGCAGCUGAGCUACAACGCUCAAAAGGACCUGCUAAAAAAGAAGAAACAGCACCUUGGCUGCAUGGGACAUGGAGCUGGUGGGCCUGCGGCCCUCAUCGCAGAUGCAGGAGGAAACAAACGAAAUUCGUAG